AUGUCUCAAGAAAUUAAUGAAGAAAUGCGGCAAUUCGUGCUGCAAAACGAAGGAGCCAGCAUGCAGCAGUUGAUGCAACAAUUGUUGCAUCAACAAAAAAUGCAAGCUGAAAUGCAGCAACAACUGCAGCAACAGCUGCAAUAUUUGCUGCAGCAGCAGCAAAUGCAGGAGCAGCAGCCACAGCCGCAACAGCCGCAACAACAGCCACCGCAAAAUAAUAAAAAUGACAAAAAAAAAGAGGUAGCGGUAAAUUGCGAGCUCACUGGUACAACCAGCAAGGGGGCAGAGGAUGGGGCGUACGUGGCGGCCGGGCCGGUAGAGGCGGCCCUGGAGGUGGCCGGGCUGAUAGAGGCGGCCCUGGAGGCGGCCGCGGCCGCGGAAGAGGCAGAGGCAGAGGCCGCAGUGGCCCCACCAUUAUAA